UUUAAACACUAAUAAAAAAUAAACUGCAGGAUUAUACAUGGAGAACUUUUAUUUUCUGGCUCAAAACCAAUAGCUCUUUUUAUUGGAAUGAAAAGAAUUUAGUGCCCCAUAUAUGUGAACGGGAUGAAACGAAAAACGGCUUCACCUAUCGGCCCUUUAGUGGCAGUGGAUGAAGGGGAGGUCCAACACUUAAGUCUAACUGUGCAAACUUUCUGCUGUUCUGAAGUUUCCGAGAUUACAGAAGAAGAGCUGCUUUGUGUCAGUAUGAAUGACUUGGCUGUUCCUCAGAAUAGAGAUGAAGGCUGGUAUCUGUCCCUAAUGGCAUCUAACACAAAGGGCCCAGAGUAUGCAUGGCUUGAUCCUUCUAGACUUUACUGCAACUCCCAGGCCUUAUCAGACUGUGUGAAAGAUCUUCUCAAACCAUUCCAAAAUGACAUAAUUGACCUGGUGGCUGGAAUAGAUGCAAUGGGCUUUAUCCUCGGUUCAGCAGUGGCCAACAUUCUAGGAAAAGGCUUUCUUGCCUUCCAAAAAGCAGGACGUCUGUGUGUAGAAACUCAAACACAGGAAUAUUGUGACUACUCUGGCAAAGAAAAGCUAAUGGAAGUUCGAGUUGAUGUGUUAAAACCAGGCCUACGUGUUCUUAUAGUGGACCAAUGGAUUGAGACUGGAGGCACAAUGAAGGCUGCCAUCAAGCUGGCAGAAAGACAAGGAGCAUCUGUUGUAGGUGUUGCUGCCGUGGCCAUUGAGAACAGCAAGGGUGGAAAGUGGAUAAAGGAAAACUACAAGUACUCGCAUUGCAUCCCUGAAAGACUUCAGCCUCAAAUAGAUAACCAUUAUCUGGAAUCUUUCAAGAACUUCAACAGUUAAACACUUCACAGGGUCACUAUAAGGAUAUUAAUUAUAGAAGAAAACAGAUCUGUGCAUUGAUCUGACAUAUCACAUGUAUGCUCUGUUUUGGGGUUUUCUAGUAUAUCUUAACAUGAGUGCACCCUUAAUAGACUGAAAGAGAAAAUAAUUUUUAAUAAAAUUAAAUUAAAAUAUUUAAGUUUUUUCUUAAGAACAUGGAAAAGUUUAUAUUAUAGGAUUAAUGAAAUAGUAUGUGCCCUAUAGCAUGCUUAAAAAAAAUCUUCAACAGUCCAGAGAAAAAGUUACAGGACAUUUUAAUUGAACCGAUUUAAGAACAUUGUACACUAAAUUGUAAUCUAAAUUUCCCCUUUUGGAUCAAUUAAGUAUAUUAAAUAUACAAUAUUUAAACACAAACCUGUAAAAUAUAAUGUUGCACAAAAAAAAAAAAAAAAAAUUGUUUGCACAUUACUGUGUAAAACACUUAUAAAACUCUUGUUUAAUUGUGUAGAAAUGUGUAUAAAUUUUCUUAGUGUAAUUACUAUUUUUUUUAUUGCAAAUACAUUUCAUUUUAAAAAACGACUAUUACUUUAUUGUACAAUUCAGUAUGAUGUUAAUACACUGUUUAAUGUAAACUUAAGAAUUUAUAAAUAAAUUGACACUGUUUUAUUUUCGUCCUUGCACCAAGAUUAUUCCUAAACAUCUCACACAGAAAGGAAGGCAGAACAAUUUUUGUGCAUAGUUUUGUAAAAUGUCUAAAAAGAGGAAAAAAUACUUACAAGGAAUGUAUAAUUCACCCUCUCCUAACAAAAAAUCCGUAAUAAACAUUUGUAACACUU